ACCUACCUAGCCUAUAGCCACAUUCUUCACUUUUAUCUGUUUUUUUUUGUCUACAUCCCUUUGUUCUCUUCUUGUUUUAGUACUACUUUCUAUACACUAUGGAAGCUGCUCAACAACAAAACCAGCAGCACUAUCUUCACCAACAACAUUUAUCAAUUGGUCAGGUGGCAAACAACAUUGAAGAUGGUGUUGGUGGUAAUAGUAGCAAAAACAACAGCAGCAGUUUCAUGUGCAGGCAAAGUAGUACGAGGUGGACACCCACAACUGACCAGAUAAGAAUAUUGAAGGAUCUUUACUACAACAAUGGAGUUAGGUCUCCAACUGCUGAACAGAUUCAGAGGAUCUCUGCUAAGUUAAGACAGUACGGUAAGAUUGAAGGCAAGAAUGUGUUUUAUUGGUUUCAGAACCAUAAAGCUCGUGAAAGGCAAAAGAAGAGGCUUAUUGCUGCUGCUGCUACUGAUAGCAACAAUAAUAUUCCCAUGCAAAUGAGAGGUGUUUGGAGAUCUGCUGAUGAUCCUAUUCACCACAAGUAUAACAACACUACAGGUAUUCACUGUCCAUCAGCUUCUUCUCAUGGUGUACUAGCAGUUGGACAGAAUGGAAACUAUGGUUAUGGAACUUUAGCUAUGGAAAAGAGCUUUAGGGACUGUUCAAUAUCACCAGGUGGUAACUCCAACGGAUCAAUGGGUCAUCAAAACAUUACAUGGGUUGGAGUUGAUCCCUACACUUCUCAUCAAGCUUAUCCUUUUCUUGAAAAGACUAAACAUUUUGAUGAAACCCUAGUAGACGAUUAUGAGGAACUGCAACAAGAAGAAGAAAAUUACCAAAGAGCCUCUGCUUUAGAAACUCUCCCACUUUUUCCCAUGCAUGAAGAGAACAUCUCCAGUUUCUGCAACAUCAAACAUGAAUCUUCAGGCGGAUUCUACACAGAAUGGUACCGUUCAGAUGAUCAUAACUUGGCUGCUGCGGCCAGAGCUUCUCUUGAACUCAGUCUCAACUCUUUCAUUGGCAGAUCUCCUAAUUCCUCUUAAAUGUUUUAGUAGUUUAUAGGAUCUUUAAUUUAGUCUUAUGCUAAUUAGUAGUACUAAUUUGGUGUGCCUAUGGACCAUGGUAAUGUUAAUUAUAGUAUUAAUCUAAGUUACUUCCUUUGUAAUGUUAAUUAAAGUACGGAAAAGUUAAUAUAUGAUGGUUCCAAAGUU